AUCAAUAAGACUAUUAUUCAUGGGUCACCUCUUUCAGUCCGGUUCCCGGUUCGGUUGUCAUAGCUUCCGGAUCAACAAAAGUCACCAGAAUUCGCUGAAUUAAAAGUUAAAGUGCGGUUAAAGUUAUAAAGUAAGUGUAGAAAGUAACACUCUAUUUAUAUGGAUAUUGAAAAUGAAGCGAAUCAAAAAACUGCGAUUUCGAAAAUAAAUCCGAAUUAUAAUAUUAAAAAACUAAAUUUAUCUGUCCAAAAAAAUGAGCAUUUAAAGGCAUUAAUAAAAUUAAAACAGGAAGAAUAUGUGAUAGAGAGAACAAUAAAUAAUUAUUUGGAAAAUGUUAAAAUUGAUUCUAAAAUUCUGAAGGACCUUCAACAGGAUUACCUCAAUCUUUCAAACCAAAGACAAGAAAUUCAGAAAUAUUUGCGAAAUUCAGUAAAUGACAUAAAUGAAUGCUGGAACGAAAUAAAAAACGUAAUUAACGAUAAUAAUUUUGGAAAUUUGGAUAUAGAUAAUUAUAAAGCAAAAUUAUACAAACUUUGGGAAAAAAUUCAAGAGUUUUACAGAAAUGACUGUACAGAUUCGUUAAAAGAAGAGGAAUCAUCUCUUGAUUUAACUUUAUCGGAGUUUAAUUCAACAUUGCCCCGAUAUGAAAAUUGUGAUUCUGCCAACGUUUUGCAAACGAAAAAUCAAUAUCGAAAAAAUUCCAUAAAUAUACAAGAUUUUGAAGAAGUAGAAAAUUUUACUGAUUUAGUAGCAAAAACAGGACACACUCAAAAUUGGAGUAAUGAGGAUCAUUUACUAUUUCUGAAACUAAGAAAAAAGAAUAAAACAAUUCCAUCUUUGGUUUAUGCAAUUCAAACUAAAUGUCCAGAUUUAACAACCAAAAGCAUCAUAAAUCACGAAGCAUGGUAUAAGUUUUAUUUGAAGCUUCAAGGAGAACAAAAAACGGCCAUAAAAGAUUGGCGCCAACAAAAAAAAUUUCAGCAUACUAUUCAAAUUGAGGAAAAAAAUGAAAUUCAUCAUAUUUCCGACAAAGGAAAUAUAAAAGAAAAUACAACAAAAUUUAAAAAUUUGAUUGACAAUCAGAAAUCAAAAUCAAAAGCAUCAAAAGAGUUAAUUAAAAAAUGGAAGGAGGAAAAAGAAAACGAAAGAUUAAUGCACGAGGAGCAAAUAAAAUUAGAAAAGCAAACAAAGCUUGUUUUAGAGAAUCGUCAGAAAUUAAGAGCUCAACGUUUAAAACUUGCAGUCGAGGAAUACAAAAAAAGAAAAACAUCAGAAACGAAAUUCGAAAAAAAUGAAUGUAAAUCAGAAAAAAUAAUUAAAUCCCCAGUUUUAAUUAAGUCCUUCAGAAAACAGGAUAAUUAUUACAUAGAAAAGCGAAAAUAUCCGAGAAGUGAGGAUAAUUUCCAGGAAUUAAAAAGUAAAACAAAAACUUCAACGAAAAUUUCCACAUUACUGAAAUAUACCAAAGUUUGGAAAGAAAAAUGUAAAAAUAUUAAAAACGACCAAAAUCAGAAAUCUCUCUACAUAAAGGACUUGCCAAAAAUGUCCAUGGGAAGACGAAAUUUUGAAUCAUUAUAAAAACAAAUUUUUAUGGUAUAGUAAUUAAAGACUUUAAUUAUAUAUACUUAGUUUAUUUUCCUUACGAACGUAUUCCGACGAUGUACAUUAUGGAGUAGCGUUACAUCUUAUCCAGAACAAUUUAGGGAUCGCUAUGGAUAACAUUAACACUAAACAAUUUUUACUCAAAUAUAUAUUUCUAUUAACCUUUUUCUCGUCAAUUGAUAUAUUACCAAAUACAAAAAUUGUAUCUUACUUGACACGAUAUUUCAACACCUCAUGGAAAUACUUAUUAAUAAGAGUUCUUAUAAUAAUUUUAAACUAUAAGUAGAAAUAUAAUUAUUUGAAAUUAAAAUUCUAUAGAUUUUAUUACAAUGAACAAUAACGUCUAAAAUGAAACGUAUUCUUGAAAAAUCUGUAUUCGUUUUUUUGUAUUUUUUUUUAUACUUUCCAAAUUUUUUUUUAAAAUUAAAAUUAAAAAAAAAACAGUUGAGGCUCCCCUUCUGCUUUUUUUUAUAAUUGGUAAUAAUAAAUAUUUACACACGUAAAAUUUGUACAAUGCAAUUUCUCACACACUGCGUAUUUACUCUAUUAUUGUUUUUUACGCCACUGUACGGAUUAUCGAGCGAAUUUGACGGAAUUAAAAGUUUUACUAUUUUAACUUUCGGAAUCCGUUUAGAAAAACUCGAACAAUCUCAUAUAAGAAAAGAAGCAUUUUUUUAAUUAUAUACUACCAUUGCACGCUAGAAAGGACGGUGAGGCUCAGAUUAACGAUCUUAACCGCUUUUAUUUUAUCAAAAAAUUCCACGCACUCUUUUACACACUGUUAAAACAAAACCUCACGAGAUCGCCAAGUCAUGAAUGUCUCUAGAAUUAAAUUAUAUUCGGCGCUUUUACGUUUAUAAGAAAAACGUCUUCUAAAAUCACAGCUCUUAACAGUGUAAGCCAUUCAUUCCAUUUAAAAAAAAAUGAAAGUUAGUCUAAUCGAUUUUACAUAAAAUUAUCAAGAAGAAACUAUAUCUUAGAAGUAAAUUUCUUCUUAGUAAUUGUCACGGAUUUUCUCUAAAUUUUCAUAAAACUAACAUUUUUGAUCAAAAGACGAGGACACAACAUUUUUUUUUAAAUAUAAUUUCUUAACGGCAAGAGACAUUUUAUCCGUGAAUCAUUGAACAUUCAUCUAUGUACUGUAUAUUGCGUGCAUUGGUUAAUUACAUUGUAAAUAGACUUUUUUUGUAAACAAAAUCUAUUUUCAGAUUUUUAAUUAACAUUCGACCAUAAAUAUUAUCGAAAUCUAAUAAUUUAUUAAUUACUCGGUAAUCCGCAAAGUGGGAUACUUUGUCGUUUUUUUUUUAUAAAUUAGCUACACAGCGUUUUAAAACUGAUAGAAAAUUUGUUUUUUUUUCUCGUCAAAUCCCUCUGAACAUAAAUAAAGAAUUCAGACAGGAGUCUAAUGCAGUUCAAGAUUGAAAGAAACGAAAGUCUUCGCCAAACAAUAAUGUUUGGCUAAAUAUAAACUUCACUGAGAUGAAACUAUAUUUCUAGCAACAAAUUUCGGAAUAAAUACCUAAGAUUGUAACAAAAAUUUUAAGUAUUCUUUAUUACGAAAAUAAGAUUUUCACUUGAAUUUAUGUACACAUAUUACAACGUUUUCAUAUAAUGUAUAUUAUUCUACCACAGUGUUCCUUUUUUUUAAUAUACACGUUGAGAAUAGUAAUCCAAAUUUUCAAGUAAAGUAAAACGACAAAAGUUCCCUGUUUUUUUUAAAAAAAUCACUAAUUUUGUCCAUUGAAGACAAUGGUCCAUUGAAAUGACAUUUUUCUUACAUUUAAUAAAAAAAAGAGAAAAAAUAAAAGAAAAAAUUAAACAAUGCAAGAAUUCUUAUAACGUUAUUUAUGUACAAAUGAUUUUGUUCGAGUGAAACUUGAUUAACUAUUAGCGCUCUAUUGUACUACAAUGUUUAAACUUCCUAUUCGAUCUUGAUUUAAAAUGUCCAGAGAAAGUUUCAAAGAUUAAAGAGCAAGAUCAACCUGCACUUAACAAUUUUAUAACCAUCUUUUGAACAGUCAGGGCAACAUGAAAUUUUUUUUCCUAUGAUUUUAUCAUUUUUUUCAACUGACCAACUAGGAUGGAGCAAAAAAAAUUAUCUUGCACAUAAAACAACUUUUAAAUACAGUUUCUCUAAAAUCAAUCAAUUUACCAUUAAAAUUUCACUUAUCUAAUUUAAAAGCAGUUUAAAAAUACAUAACAAUAAUAGGAAUAUUUCUGUAGUAAAAUUUUCUUUUUCAAAAGUCUGGAAUUCAUUUUAUUUUAUUUUUUUCCCCAUUUACAGUAACUUACAAGAGUUACAAAAAACAGUAUUUUUUUUUUCUUUAAUAGAAAAUAUUUCGAUUUUCUAUAUAAAAAACGUUUGUUUUUCUACAUACAAAAGACUAUAUCACUAACAAAAAAUACUUCCUCGUGAGGAAGCAAUAAUGAAUAAUUCAACAAAAAAAAUUGUAAAUGAAGCAAUUGAAGAUACCAGAUAUUAGAUGAAUUCACAAAAAUUUUGUACCUAAACAUUUUUUGUUUCACGUAAAUAAAGAUGCAAUCUAUCCUAUAAAAUAUAAAAAAAAGUUUUUUGAUCUAGAGCCAAUACUAAUACAAAAUCAUGCAUAAAGGAAUAAAAUGAAAAUAUUAGGCAGUCGUGGAAUUAGUAACAAUGAAAAUUUACUAAUCGCUCCACCCUAAUUUCAGUGAUUGUUUUCUGACGUUGCGCAAAAAAAGAGCGUCCACCACCGGUAUCGACGAUUGUUUGCAGUUUUGCACGAGAGACUCUUUUUAGAUUACAUACAACCUUAAACAACUACGAGAAGUGUACUCAUUUUUCAAGGUAAUACACAAUAUA